AUUUUUUUUUUCACUUCCGCCCCUCGCCGCAAACACAAGUAACCGCACGUGCUCAACUCCGAAUCUUAAUUACAGCGAGAGGUACUUCUCCGUCUGCCGUCGUCCAAGCCUCUGGUUUCUUAGUUACAGAGAAAAAUAAAUUCUUGUCGGUCUCGUCUCAUCUUCUGCCCUUUUCACCAUCAAUAUUCAAUAUCUGAAUUUGAGUAUUAUUGAUUGAUCGCGUAAUUGAAUAAGAAAAGAGGAAAAUGUUGAGUGCAUCAAGGGGCUUGAGAGCUCGAGGGCUACUAAUGUUGCGCCAAGAUGCACUCAACCAUAAUCCCCUCCUUUUUUCCUGCCCUUUCUAUUCUAAUCAUGCUCCAACUGGAGCAGUCAGCAGCAGCUUUAUUUUUGGGAAAAACCAUCCCUCUCUCUGCACCAACAACACCAGAAGAGCAUAUUCAUGGAAUCUCAUCAACACUAAUGCUACUAUCAACGCCUUUCUUUCAGAUUCUUCCUCCUCCACGCCCUCCAGGAGGCAGGGCUCAAUGCUAAACGGGCGCUUAUAUUUCUCAUCCUCAGCCUCAAGUAAUGAUGAUGACAAAGCCCAAAACAAACCAUCAGCAGCAGUUGCAUCUAUUAGUGAGAAACGACAAAUUGACAUGAAAAUUCUGCGCACUCUUGCUGGCUACUUGUGGAUGAAGGAUAACUUGGAGUUCCGUUUCAGGGUGAUGACUGCCCUGGGAUUCCUCGUUGGGGCUAAGCUUUUGAACGUUCAGGUCCCCUUCCUCUUCAAGCUUGCCGUUGACUGGUUGACCAGCCCCAACGCCACUGCUCUUGCAAACUCUACUCUUGUCGCCCUUUUUGCUACUCCGACUGCUGUCUUGAUUGGUUAUGGCAUUGCCCGCUCCGGAGCCUCUGCUUUCAACGAACUGCGUACUGCUGUCUUCUCCAAAGUAGCAUUACGAACAAUUCGCUCUGUUUCCAGGAAGGUCUUUUCACAUUUACACGGUCUUGAUCUUCGUUACCACCUCAGUCGAGAAACAGGUGCUCUAAAUAGAAUAAUUGAUCGUGGUAGCCGAGCAAUCAAUUUUAUUCUUUCAUCUAUGGUGUUCAAUGUUGUGCCAACCAUUUUAGAGAUAUCUAUGGUAUCCGGUAUACUCGCAUACAAAUUUGGAGCACCUUUUGCAUGGAUAACCUCGCUCUCAGUUGCUGCAUAUGUUAGUUUUACUUUGACUGUAACGCAGUGGAGAACUAAGUUUAGGAAGGCAAUGAAUAAAGCCGAUAACGAUGCAAGUACAAGGGCCAUUGAUUCGCUUAUCAAUUAUGAGACUGUUAAAUAUUUCAACAAUGAAGCUUUUGAAGCUGAAAAGUAUGAUGAGUUCUUAAAGAGGUAUGAAGAUGCUGCCUUGAAAACGCAACGGAGUCUUGCUUUUCUGAAUUUUGGCCAAAAUGUGAUAUUUAGCACAGCUCUUUCUACAGCUAUGGUGUUGUGCUCGUAUGGAAUUACAAAUGGCCAAAUGACAAUUGGUGAUCUGGUUAUGGUGAAUGGGCUACUUUUCCAGCUCUCUCUCCCACUAAAUUUCCUUGGAAGUGUUUAUCGUGAGACCAUACAGAGUCUUGUUGACAUGAAAUCCAUGUUUCAAUUACUUGAGGAAAAGGCUGAUAUUAGUGACAAGAAAGAUGCAAAGCCUCUGAAGCUGAAUGGGGGAAGCAUUCUGUUUGACAAUGUGCACUUCAGUUACCUGGCAGAAAGAAAGAUUCUUGAUGGGAUAUCUUUUUAUUUACCAGCUGGGAAAAGUGUGGCUAUUGUUGGAACUAGUGGAAGUGGCAAAUCAACCAUUCUUAGAUUGCUGUUCAGGUUCUUUGACACUCAUUCAGGAAGUAUCAGGAUUGAUGGUCAAGACAUACGGGAUGUAACACUAGAUAGUCUUCGAACGGCUAUUGGUGUUGUGCCACAAGAUACUGUACUCUUCAAUGAUACAAUAUUUCACAAUAUACACUAUGGUUGUCUUUCAGCUACAAAAGAAGAGGUUUAUGAUGCUGCUAAACAGGCUGCAAUUCAUGACACUAUCAUGAACUUCCCUGAAAAAUAUUCAACUGUGGUUGGGGAAAGAGGGCUUAAGUUAAGUGGUGGUGAGAAACAACGUGUAGCUCUUGCUCGUGCAUUUCUGAAAGCUCCUGCCAUUUUAUUGUGUGAUGAAGCUACUAGUGCACUUGACAGUACGACUGAAGCAGAGAUAUUGAAUGCAUUGAAGUCACUAGCAAAUAAUAGAACUUCAAUCUUCGUAGCUCACAGGCUUACGACAGCAAUGCAGUGUGAUGAGAUAAUAGUUCUGGAGAAUGGCAGGGUGAUUGAACAGGGACCACAUGAAAUUCUCUUGGGAAAGGCAGGAAGAUAUGCACAGCUGUGGGCACAGCAAAAUAGUUCCAUUGAUGCCAUUGACACAGCCAUCAAAGUUGAAGCAUGAAUCUUAAACUGUAAUCAUAUUUAAGCAAACUGGGUCAGGACUACACAAACAACCAUACAAAUUUUGUAGAAAUUCAGAUGUUGCACCAUAACAAUUCUUCCAUGUGUAUGCCCCGAUUGACAAGAUGGAGGGGAAAUUAUCAUAAAUGAUUUCUUUUUCAAUCUUGGGGCAAAGCUGUUGCAUCUGAUAUUUUUUGUUUUUUUGUACAGUUAUGAUACCCAACUGAAGCUGCCAAAAUAGGUACAAAUACCGUGAUAUGUUUUUAUUGCUGCUUGUUAUUGGAUAUUAUUGACUCAAUGCGGCACCUUGUUGCAUACAUGCUGUCUAAGCUGCACGAGGCACUUGGUAUUGAUUGAAUACGGCAGCCUUACUGGCUAGAUUUAGGAAGGCAUUCUGUGUACGGAAAUAUUGGAUUAUAUUUUACUUCCUUUUGUAGUUAGUUCUUA